GCUAAAAGCUUAAGUCUCUCAGACCUUGACAGGCUCUGAUCUCGGCAUUUUCUCAACAUGAAUCACCUAGAAAUGUUAUUCCAUUCAGCAUUCUUUACAAUCAUGGUUCAUUUAACUUCUCAUCCAGUUGAUGAAGCAAAACUUGGGGGACCAGUGCAGCACCAGUGGAUGUAUCCAACUGAGAGGUAUUUGGGACACUGUAAGUCCUAUGUGAGAAACAUGUCACAACCAGAAGGUUCCAUCGCUGAAGGAUACCUAGCCGAGGAAGUUCUUACUUUUUGUUCCCAGUAUAUUGAUGGGAUUGAGUCAAGAAUUAAUAGGCCACGGCGUGUUGAUGAUUAUCCUGAUGAUAGCAGCACAACGAAUUCCUCUAGUAUCUUCCCUCCAGUUGGUAAAGGAUUAGGAGUUGACACCUUUGAGUUGUCACCUAUGGUGAAACGUCAAGCACAUCGAUAUGUGUUACUAAAUUGUCCACAAGUCGCGCCUUUCAUUAAUGAAUUUAAAGAUUUUGUAUGGAGGCGGUGGAAUGGUCGAAAGCCUACAAGUACGCAGAUGGAAAAGAUAGUUAAUAAAGACUUCGGUGAUUGGUUUCCACUAAAGAUUAAGAAUCCGGACAUUGUGAAUACUGUUUCAGAUGACCUAAGGUUUCUAGCAGAUGGGCCAGCACCACAUGCUAGAAGGUUUACAUCAUUUAAUAUCAACGGCUUGAAAUUCCGGACAAUAACUCGAGAGCAUGGAUUGAAAACUCAAAACAGUGGAGUCUUCUUGACAUCAUCCACAUCUUGUAUUGCUAGUCGUGCUGAUGGAAAUUUGAGGCAAGCGGAUUUUCCAUAUUAUGGCAAGUUAAAAGACAUUAUUGAGCUUAACUACUAUGGUCGAUUUAGGGUUACACUAUUCAAAUGUAAGUGGGCGGACACUACUAGGGAUCGGCCUUUAGAAAGGAUAAAUGGGGAUUUCCUUCUGUUAACUUUUCCACUUGAUUCACAUUGGUGA